AUGUCGACAUACACGCUAGCAGAAACAGAGACAUUCCGACAACAGCUCUACGACGCUGAGCGUGACGCUGGUACCUCAGAGAAUCGCGGCCUCUCUGAAGACGCUUUGCGACUAGUCUGGAGCUGGGGAAAUAAACGUCGUCCGCCCCGACCGAGACAGUCACCCGGUUAUAAAAUAAACAAAGUCCGUCUAGAACGACGCUGGAAGAAAUUUUGUGCUACAAUGAGCAUUAAGGACUGGAAAGGCACUCUCAAGAAGUUAUCUUAUGAGGAGAAGGGGCUUAGCGAAGCCUUCCUUCGUUACCUGAUGAACGACGAAAACGGCCAGGACAUACACUUCGAGGCUUCUAUCUGA